AUGAAAACACAGGAUCUUUAAAUGCUUAAUAAGGUUGACUGUGGUACUAAUCCAGAUGAAGGCUUUGAAUACGAUAAAGCUAUCAAUAUUUUUGAUAAGUGCGAGUCUAAACGCAAUAAAGAUCCAUAAACUGUGAUUUUUACUGCCAUAGAGUUUCCUUGGAUCUUUAAGGGACCAAGUGCUUUAUCAUUUAUUGCUUAUCUAACAGAUGUUGAAGAAGGCUCAAAGAUCUUUACUGUACAAACAAUCUAAGACAUCAUUAUAUUCUAGUGGAGAUACUUUAAGAAAUCUUACAUUCAGUACAAGUUGACUCCUUUUGCUCUCUAUUUUAUACUCCUGUUGAUAUUCUCAAGUGUAAACUAUGUAUCUAAUGUAAACGAGAAUUUAAAUGAUCGAUAUUCUGAAAGAUGGGAUAUAUCUCAUGAUGUAAUUGGUGCACUAAUCCUUGCUCUAGCUUUUUACUUUAUUCUUUUAGAAAUUUUUAAAAUUGUCAAGAAAAAUGUUAACUUUUCAAAUCUCCUUGAUUGGGCAUUUCAUUCUUCAGUUGCUAUACUUGUAAUAAUGAAAUACCUAAAUGUAUCAGAAACCACAUUUAGGAUAUUUGCAGUAUUUGUCAUUAUUUAAGCUUAUCAGUAGUUAUUUUUCCAUUUAAGAGUAUUUGACUCAACUGCAGUUCUCAUUACUAUGGUAUAUUAUAUUGUGUAGGAGAUGCUAGUUUUCUCAGCAAUUUUUUUGAUUUCAAUACUUUGCUUUGCCAAUUGCUUUUAUGUGGUUCAAGGACUGUAAGAGCCAAAUGAAGAUGUAACUCCUUUAGUUGGAAAUUUUAUCAUGUCUUUUUUAUAUACAUAUGCUGGGGCUCUUGGUAAUUUCUCUACUGAUAACUUUGAUUCACUUGGUUAAAACUCUUGGAUUUUGUGGUUCUUAUUUUAUAUUUCUUCAUUCAUAAUAACUAUUGUUUUCCUAAACUUACUGAUAGCUAUAAUGGGAGACACCUAUGAUACUGUGAUGAUGAUCCAGAAAGAAGAAAGAUUUAGAGCUAAAUGCAGGUUGAUUUAUGAAAAUGAGUUCAUUUUUAAUAGAGAUAGACUCUUUGCUAACAGCAGAUAUAUCAUUGUAGCAAAUAUUGAUAAAAUUACAAACUAAAGUGACGAUGAUUGGGAAGGAAAGAUUAAUGCUCUCAAAUCAUCAUUUAGUAAAUAAUUGGAAGCAGAACAUGAAAAGACGACUGAUAAUUUUAAAAGUCUCAGAAUUCAGAAUCAAUAACUUUCAGACUUAGUAAAGCAAUAAGACAACAAAAUGAUUGAGAUCAAUUCGUAACUUUUCAAAAUUUCAUCAUAGAUUCAGCUAAUGGAAGGAAGGAAAAGAGUAAAAACAAUCAUUAAAAGAUAAGGAAACAAAAUCAAAGAAUUUUUGGAAACACAAUUUUAAAAGACCUAGAAAAUGAUGCUAAUAAAAGAUGAAGAGGAGAAAAAGUCUAAAACAGAGACUCCUUUAUUGAUCAAUCCUCUAGUAAAAUUCUUGAAACAAAAGAGUGAUCUUAAUACAUGA